ACUGGUUUCAUGGCUCUCCUCACCAACGUCACCAUCCUGCUGGUUCUGGCUUGUAUUUCCCAUCAGCUGGUGAUGAGCAGCUGUCAGAAGACCCAUGGACGGAGGGGAAGAGGGGUGGACAGAGGGCAACACAAGGACAGGCCAGGGUUGAAGGUGGGCCGUCAAACCAAAUCUGCAUCUACACAGCCCAUUAAGGGCAAAAUGGUCACCAAAGACAAAUCAGAGUGUACCUGGGCAGCAACAGGUGAGGACCUCUUCAUCCUCGGUAUCACUUGCAAGAAGGGGAGCAGGAGCUUUAGCUGUGAGUACGUCGCCAGGCCCUCUGUUUGCCCCCGGUACAUCUCCAAUGUCAAACUUUACUGGAAGCAAAUGGCCAGGGCGCUGAAGAAGCAAAAUAAUUUAUGCCAGGACAGUAGUGCGUUGGUGAGGGCGGGUAUGUGCAGAAGAGCUGCCAGAGAUGCUCAUUUCAGACUGCGUAAUGCACAGAGGAAGACUGACCCGCCUUCCACCCCACGGCCUGCGCCCAGACCUGUCAAAUCCUGUCAACCUGUCAACAAGAAGCUGGCAGAGGAGUACUGCAAUGACUCCUGGUCGAGUGUUUGCACGUUCCUUUUCACUAUGGUGCAGGAUAAUGAUUGCUGAGACAGAAAGACAGUUACAUUAAUACUCUUAUAAUAGAUUGU